UGCAUGCGCGUGCGCGUUUGCAGACAGGAAAGGCGAACAUAAUUUCCGAAAACAAAGAAAGGGAUUUAGCACAAAACGAAGAAAUCUUUAUCUGUAAAAAGCUUGAGUCUUGUUCUUACCCCAUUUUAUAGGUAAGCACACCGGUACCUAAGACAAUUCAAGGCUAGAACUCACGAGUCAUACAGUGUUUCUGCACUACCUUGAUUAAGUAAGAACUUUUUAUUGAAACACCGGAAACGAACAACAAGCACAUAAUAUGAAGCUUUCAGUUAGCAGGACUGUGCACAUGUCAUAGUCGGACAAAAAAAAGGAGGAAGAAGAAUGCGAAAAACUCGAAUUUUGACCGUACCACAGCAUGAUUUUGAAAAUACACAUAACCAUUGUUUGUUGAGUUCGCAUUCAGCAUGAGGUCGAAUCGUUCGCUAUCUACAUAGCAGGUGACAAGGGUACUCAGAUUAUUACUUAUGGUGCGUGAAAUCUUAAUUUGAUUAGAGUUUGCCCAUAAAAAUACCUUACGGGCUUCCCCAUUCAAAUUGAAUUACAACCGCUUUCUUUUAGCCUUAACUUCCACAUAAUAAGCUCUUUGUUUGCUACCGCAAAUAGAUUGGGUUUUCUCACUUCACAAAUGCCCUAUGUUUUUCUAACUUGAAUCCACUUUCCACUAAUUAAUUAGCCCGUGCAUCAAACACCACAAAAAGCCUUUUCCCGUGUAGGCACUUAGUCAUCCUGUGCGUGAACAUGGCACUGCGUUUGACCUUGAACGUGUGCGUAUAUGCAUGCGUGCGUGUACUGGCCAAUGCUGCUGAGGGACAUACGUAAACAUCUGACGUUGGAUGCGCGGCCUUGGAUUUGCGCGUACUAGAUAAUUAUAAAUUAAGAUUCGAUGCGUUAAUUAAGCAUGAGGAUGCAUGCUUUGGCGACCAAACUCAAACGCUUUUCACAAUUACGCUUCGUGACUCGAUUUCCGUUACUGACCACAAGUUUUGUUCAUAAAAUUCCAUUUUACCUAUCACUUUUACUUGGGUUGCCCGGUUAUAUUUUUGCCUAUCAACUCAUAAAUUAACACUUACUUAAAGCAUCUUCUGCAGUUUGACACCAAUUUUUUUGGUCUUUUUGUGCUCGAUAUCAGUUCAAGAUUUGAUUAACCAAAGUAUUAAUUAGAGAAUUUGUAGUUCAGCAUCAUUUUUUGAGUAAAAAAUAGACGUUUUCGUGUUUGAUAUCACUUUUUGAUUACUGCUUCUCUUGAGCAGCCAACGUUUUUUUCACCAACCUACAAGCACAGUAAACAGUUUUUGUGCUUGAAAACCUGAAACCUGUCUACGAUUUUUUUUACUGUUUUUAAAUAGCCCUUUGUUUUCCAUUUGGGUACCGUUUCUGCCAUUAUCGUUUUGAUUAUUGCUUUGCCAUUACUUAAAAUCGUGUGCUUAUCGGUUGCCCCAAACUAUCUCACUUAGUCCACAAAAAUUAAAUCCAUUUAAAGUUCACUUAUUUCAAUAAAUUGCCAAAAUGCCCCCAAAGAAGAGGGUCCGCAUUGGAAGAAGGACGGCUGGUGCAGAGGCUCAUAGGGCCAAAAGGGCCAAAGAGGCACUCCAAGACAGAGCUACUCGAUUAGCUCUGAAUGCCGCUGCCUUGGCCAACGCAAGGGCAGCUGAAACCGCAGAACAAACACAGGCCCGCCGUUCACGAAAUGCCGCUGCCAUGGCCAAUGCAAGGGCAGCCAAAACUGCAAAACAAAAACAGGCCCGCCAUUCUCUAGAUGCCGCUGCCACAGCCAACGCAAGGGCAGCUGAAACCGCAGAACAAACACAAGCCCGCCGUUCUGUGGGAAAAACUCCACGGAAACAGAUAUUUGUAAUUGCUAAUUAUCAGCGCCAUGUGAUGUCUAACAUUGCUUCGUUGUGGAGGAAUAGAAAACUGUGUGAUGCUAGUAUUAGUAACGGUUCAUCUGCUGUGAUGGCAGAAUUGUCAAAUCAAUGUUAUUCGGAAGAAUCAAUGAAGCAACAAUAUACAGAGCAGGUGCAGACUGAUGAUCAACUGUUUGAUGCUGAUAAACACAUGAUUAACACUCAGGUAUCUCAGAUAAUUGCAAAUUCUCUUCAAAUUGCUUCCCAAAUGCCAGUCCAACAGUGUAUGGAUGUUGCUCAGUCAGCACAGAUACCUGUACCCAAACCAAAUGGUGUUAGGAAGCCUUGGCAUCAGAGGAAAAGAAUACUUGCUGUUGCUGAUCAUCAGCUCCAUGUCAUGUCCAACCUGGCAGCACUGUGGAAAAGUAAAAAAUUGUGUGAUGCUAGUAUUGGUAAUGGUUCAUCAACUGUAAUGGUACAUAAAGUUAUUCUAUCUGCUGUGUGUCCAAAACUAUUGUCAGUAUUUAGUACAAAUAUUUCCUCUCAGAAGUUUCUCCAAAUAAACUUUCCAGAAGAAGUUAGUACACAAGCUUUAAAUGCAUUUGCAGAAUACAUGUACAAUGGAUAUUUAGAUCUUGAUCCAGAUAUUUUACAGCAAUUAAAAAUCAUUGCAAAACAAUUAGAAAUGAAAAAAUUUGAAGAAAUGUGUGAUAACAAUCUUAUAAACAAAAUAAACCAACCGUCGACUGAUCUUAGGCAGAACCAGACACAAGCCGGUCUGCCAGUUCCAACCAAUAUUACAGUGCCAACAGUUCAACCAUCUCUGCCUUCAUCAUCCAUCACAUCAGUUACAUCUCAAUCUACUCCAUCUUUCAUUACACAAGUCAUUGAUGUUAAACAAGAGAUAUGUGAGGCUGCAUUAGCACAAGUUAAAAAUGGUACUGCUGGUGUCAUUGAACAGGAAUCUGAAAUUGACUCAUUGGAUGCUAAUACAUAUGGUGACUGCUCAAAUGAUUCUGAUUUUGUUCUCAGAGUGAAAACUGAACCUGUAGGGCUUGAUAAUGAGAAAUAUGGUCAACUGAACAAUGAGGCUUACAUAUCCACUCCAGUUUCAAGCAAUACAGUAUCACAUGUGAUAUAUGGACCAACAUGUAAAUUAAAGUCUAAUGUAUUUGAAGGCUCUAUAGUUUCUGACUUACCUCCUGUGUCAUGCAUUGAAGAGAAAAGGUCUUCCCAGUCUAUUUCCAUACAAAAUGAUGCAUCUAAAAUGCUACACCGAAGUAUAGCAACUAUCCAGUCAAUUGAGAACAUUAUGACAUCUGGUAGUAAUGAAGGUGUCUAUCCUGUAAGACUUUUUACAGCAGGAAGGGACAACGUACCAUUAUGUACACAACAUACAAAUCUUAAACAUGUAGGUUUAUAUGAAGCAGAUGAUCUUAUGUGAUAGAGAAAAUGACUAAAUAACCUUUCAUGUGCAGGUAUGGCUGUGAUGUUAAGAUAUUCGUUUUACAAAAUUGUGGUUCUGAGUUUGUUUCCAUUGCUCUGCAUUUUCAGUUUCUUGUGAGGGAAAGUUAGUCGAUGGAAACUUUGUAUCAGUAGGUGAUGAUGAAAUUGCAGUGUGAACAGAAAUGCCUUGUGAUUCUGUCAUGGGCUUUUAUGUUCAUCUGCACUUAGGAUCAUCUUUGGUGUAAAGGGAUGCUAGGAGGAAAUGCAGUGUCAGCCUAGUAGAGAUUUGAAUUUGGAAUGUGAAAUAUUACAAAGCAUUUUGUCCAAUAUUCCAAAGAUGUUUCCACUCACUUCUACACACCUCAUAACUUUAUCACCACUAUUUCAUCUCUUCCCAGCUUCCCCCAAUCAUUGUGACUUCAAUAUGUAACUAUGUAGCUCCUCUACAGUAUGAUAGUUUAACCCUUCAUCUUACAUAAAACCAUCCUCUCCUUAGAAUUUGUAGUCUUGCCAGCUGCAUGGUGACCUCGCUAGUGUUGGUGACAUGAAAAUAGCACCCAGUAUAGUUUGUAUUGUUUAGCAUUAGGAAGGAUAUCCAGGAG